AUGCUAAAGUUAGGUAAUUUAAAUCUUCAAAAUCAAGGAAAUUCAAAUAAAAUAAGAAUCACUUCAAAGAAUCUAUUAUCAUUCUAUUUCCAAAUGGAACUCCAUCACAUAAUCAAAGUAAUAUAAAUAUAUCAUCUAUAUAGGAUCAUAAUCAAUUGUAUUUUAAAAAAAGUAGUCUAAUAAGAUAAACUUAAGAUCAACCAGUUAAAAUAGAUGUAGAAUAAAGACUGAUCAACAAAUUCAAUUUUCAUUAUCUACUCAUAAAUAAAAGAAUAAAGACUCUACAAUUUCAUUAUGUUCUUCUUUUAAUUAGACUAACUCAAAAUUACUAAAAUAUAAUCACUCUACUAAUUUUCAGUUUAGUAAUUUUAUUCAGAUAUUUUAUUAGUUGAUUCAAAUCAAAUUUUGAAUAAUAUAGAUUCUUUUGAUUUAAAAUUAGGAAAAUCAUUAUUUAAAUAAGAUCAAAUCUAAGAAGCAUUAAUUAUCUUUGAAAAUUAUUUAUUAUCUUAUGGAAUCAAUCCUGAAGCACUUUAUUUCUCAGCACUUUGUUAUAGAUAACAAAAUCAAUAUGAUAAAUUGAUAUAAUAAUUAGAAAAAUUGAUAUCUAUAUUCCCAACAUUUUCAAGAGAUGCUUAUUUGAUUUUGGCUAAUUCUCUUAUUUAAAAGAAUAGAAUUCAAGAUUCAAUCAAUUAUUUAACUCUGGCAAUCUAAAAUUUUAAUAGAUUUUAUGAUGCUUUAUCAUUAAGAGCAGAAUUGUAUUUAAAGUUUAAAUUUACACACAAAGCUAUUUAAGAUUUUAAUUAAUUAAUUUAAAUUAACCCAAAAAAAUCAAAUGCAUAUAUUGGUUUAAGUGAUUGUUUUGUAUAAUUAAACUAAAUACAUUUGGCUUUCAAAUAUUUAAAUAAAGCUUUUUAAUUAGAAUAAGCAUCAAAUUCUAAACCAAUAAUAAUAAAACUAUUUUAUUUAUUUUUUGAUGUCUUUGAUUACAAAUAAUCUAAUUAUUAUUUGGAUAUUUUAUAAUAGAUAUAUCCAGAAGAUUCAGAAUAAUUAUAUUUAAAAGGUCUAUGGUACCAGAAACAAAGUACAAUUAUAUAUAUCUUGUGUUAGAUCAUACUUAGUAAGCUUAUCUAGCAUUUGAAUAAGCAGUUUAAUAUAACAAUGAUAAAUAAUCUACAACUUAGGCACUAUUGGAAAUAAUUAAAUUUGAAAUUGAUAAAAACAAUUUUUAUUCAGCUUCACAUAAUUUAGAAAGAAAGAUUUUUUUAGAUAUUUUUAAUGAUUAAUUUAUAUAAAUAGAACUUUUUGUAGAAGGAACAAUAUUCUUAAUGAAAAAAAAAUUUGAUUAAGGUAUAGAAUUUCUUUCUGAAAUGAUAUAAAUAUAAAAUGAUUCAUUAAAAGUUUUAGCUCUAUAAUUUAGAGCAUAUGGAUAUUUUUAUAAGUCAAAUUAUCGUUAUGCACUAAAAGAUUUAUUAGAUUGUGAUUAAAACCAAUUAGAAUAAGUAAUUUCUCAAUAUUAAUAAAGGGUUCCGUAUAUAAUUUGUUGUUGUGUCAAGCCUUAUUAAAAUUUGAAGAGAAUGAUUUGAAUUCUAGUUAUCAGAUAUUUUAAGAGGCAUAUGAGUUAUUUAAAUCUAAAUAAGAACCAUUCUUUUAUUAAGCUACUCUAUUAAUAAGAAAAUAUUGUAUAAAUAUUAAUGAAGAUAAUGGAAAAAUCUAUUUAAAUUAAGCAUUAGAAAAUCUAUAGAAGGCGUUAUUGAUCAGAGAAUCAUCUAAUGUACUAUUUUAUAAAGGAGUGUUGAAUUUUGCAUUAGGAAAUUUUGACUAGGCAGAUUAGGAUUUAGAAUUGGCUAUCGAAAACUGCAAUGAGAAUUAAGCAUAACAUUAUUAUGUCAGAGGACUUUUACAUAAUUGUCUUAAAUUAUAUGAUAUGGCAAUAUUAGAUUUUAAAAGUUGUUUACAUUUAGAAUAAGAACAUUUAGAUUCUUAUUUAAAUAGAUGUAGAGCAUACAUUCAUAUAGGAGAUUUAGAUAAUGCAUAUCUUGAUCUAAUGAAGUAUGUUGAGAAUUGCAAAGAAGAUUAACUUAAUUAUUAAAUGAUUGGAAUGCUUUUUUUUUAUAUUGGAAGUUUUGAAGAAGCCAUUUUCUCUUUAAAUAUGGAUUCAAGUAUUGAGAGUUAAUAUCUAAAGAUUAAGGUUUUACUUUUCUACAAAGAGUUGAAUAUAGCUCAUUCAGAGUUGUAAUUGAUUUCAGAGAAUAAUCAUAAAGCUAAUAUAGAUUUUCAAAUAGUAAAUAUUCUUAAGUUAAUGUGUUCAAAUGAAAUUUACACAAAUUUAUAAGAUAAUAUAUCUGUAUUAAAUAAGAUAUAAAUGAGUAGAUAGGAAGGUGAUAUAUUCAAAUUAUGUCAUAUUUGGUUUUAUUAUGGAGUAUUACUUGUAUUUUAAAGAGAAUAUUCAAUGGCACUAGAAUAUUUAAAUCUUUCUUAUGAAUUUGAAAGCGAAUCAGAAAAUUUUAAUAGUCAUGAUUUUGGAAAUCAAAUAUACAACUUUAAAGAAUAUCUAUAUAAUAAUGCUUUAAUUAAUUUAAUGAUGAAUAAUAACACAAUAGCUAUAGAAUUAUUAAAUAAAUUAUAUGAUAAUUUAAAUAGUAUGGAAGAGAAAGUUUAAUUAUAGAUAUUUAUAAAAUUGAUAUAUGAUGAUAUGUUAGAUACAACAGAAAAUAUAAAAUUAAUAAUAUAAAAUGAAUUUUAUUUAUUUCAGUAAAAAAAUAGACUUAGUUCACUAUUGCCAGUAUUACAGUUACCUUUGAAAAAAUACAAUGUAAGAACUAAAUUGUCGUUUUGUUUACCUAGGAUUGAAUUUCCUUCUAUAGAAAUAGCAUUUGAUUAAAAGUUACUUGAAGAAAUUACAGUAUCUUUUAUAUAAUAGUAUUAGCCAUAAAUAGUUGAAAAUUAUCCUGAAGCUCCAUGGAUCAAAAGAAUAAAAUAGAAAAUAGUGUUUACAGAUAAUUUAAGAUCUAUAGAUUAGGAAAUAGAAUCUACAAUAAGAGAUAGAAUAAGUGGAGAAGAAUUUAAAGAAAUAAAUUAAAUUAGAGUUGAAUUUGAUGAUGAUUGA